UCAGAAUUUUCGCAGCUGGAGGAAAAUGAUCAGCCUGAAUCGCCGGAAUGCUUUCGAAGAGCACAGUCAGUUUCGUAUCCAUGACCUCUCGAGUCUCGAGUGCCAGUCGAGUACGUCCGUGUCCGUAAAUUCUGGUGAUCAUUGCCUUGCUUUGCUUGUCGGACGCAGUUCGUAUGCAUGGCCUGAUUGCUUCUGCUGAGAGUUGAGGAACGGCGCGGUACAAACAACAACAGUGCUCCGUUUUCGGUGUGUGCCUGAUUUGAACCGAAUCAUCGUAUCGACUGGUCUUGGUUGGACAGAGCAAUGCGUUAGUGGCGCUACCGGAUGUCCUGUGUCUUUUACGGAUCCAUGGACGGAAUCCUCAGCGCUAGCGGAUCGCUUGGGCAAGCUUUCCUACCGCUGUGAAUAGAGUGCUUGAAUGCUGCUGCUACUCAUUAGUAAUUAUUUAGACUUAUCAGCGGGCUGAGUUGAAGAACCUGUCCUGACUGCUGCACUGGGGAUGGAAGAGAAUGACGGCGAGAGGGGAGCGGAUCAAGUCCGCAAUCGCUGUGCAAGCCAGCCCAGCACCCGAGGGCGAGGAGCAGCGACUAGCGGCGAUGCAGAGAGGAGAGAGCGACCUCAAGCAGCGGCCGCAGCUGCAGCUGCCGACACUGAAAGGGCGUGGGCCUGGGAAAACGUGUCGGACCGGCAUGUCUUGUUCCAUUUUGGUGUGAUAUUCGGUGCUGUGUUUGUAACGUGUGUAAUACUCCUGCACUGGGUGGCGUUUGUUGGUCGUGACUGGUCGGCGCAUUCACUCUUCUACCAUAAACUAGCGUCUGAUGGACACCAUCCUCCCUGGGUUAGAAAAGGCCUUUCUUUGCAAGCAGACCAAGGUCAGUCAGCAGGUGAAGAGAACGUGCAAGACUUCUGGUCACAGUGGCAUACACUGGAGUCACUGAGCAGAGACUGGGCAAACUCCAGCCAGGAGAACGCUGUGCCCAGCUGACACAUAAUAAUCUCUUGAGGGUGCCUAGUGCUGGAGACCACCCUUACUUGAACAAUGCCUUUUGUGUCAGUGAGCAGCUGCCAUGGUAACACAUGCAUACAUGGACACGUUGUCGUUCUACUUCAAGUAUUACGUGCCCCUCGUCGUCGUCGUCGUCGUCGGAGGAGGAAUUGCCAUCACCAGGUUUAUAUCACGAACACAAUAAAAGAACAUAGAAAUGACGGCUAGACUGACUCGCUGGCUGGCUCGCUGAUGUGAACAUGUUUUCAAGGCAAAGUUGAGAAUGUUCAUGUUGGACUGUUUUUAUACACAAUAAUGUAUAUAAUGAUAUACAUUGGCACUGGCCCCCUCUCCACGGUUUGCGCGGGCCUGGUGUGGUGUUCUGUCCAGGGACCGUAUUGCCCGCUGUGUUGGCUUAGCACGCCGCACGCUGUCAGGACUUUUUAGUGUUUAGUACUAGCAAUCCCGUCGUCGAACUGUGAAGUCUGAAGGCAUGACCGUGAUGACCGUGUCAUGUUAAGCAUGAACUCACAAUCAUAGUCAUGUAGGAUCUCGCAUCUGUAAGAAAUUUGACUCUUUUUCCAUGAACACAGAAUGUUUUUACUUUCUAGUGUGUGGUACAAACUGUGCUCUUGUCUUUGUUGUACGUCUUGUCUACAGUACUAGUGUCAGUCGUCCUGACAUGACUAGCCGUCUUCUUUGUAUUGUCAACAGCAUGAAGCUAUUAGUUUCGGAAGUAUCUUGAUAUCAAUUUUGCUGUGAGCAAGCGUCAUUUUUUACAUUAACGUUUAUACCGAUAUUCUUUUUCUAAUACCUCAUAAGUCGGGUUCCUUCUAUUUCAACGUUCUUUUUCCUGUCAGCAUCAACUUCUGCAAUGUUGCUUUCAGAUAGGACAAUACAAUCGAUUGGCUUGGUUGUUGGAA